GUGCUUCGUCCGUCGUCGUCCGCAAUGUCCAAUGGUGCUAUUAAUUUUAGGAUGGAACGCUUUGUGAAAAAUUCAGUCAAAAGUUAUUCGCUGUGAACAGUUUACUGUCAAAAGGUAGCCACUGCUGACCAAUACUAUCAUCACGGCAAACAGAUUUAAUUGAAAAUAGUAAACCUACCAUUUUCCAUCCUACAAAUAUUUGUAGUCAGAUGACCGUUAAGGCCCUUGGGCGUCUUGUUCACUAUACAACAAAAAUGACACGAUCCAUUUCCGUUGCAUUAUUGCUGUGCAAUUAAAUUGAUAAAGCAAACGAAAGCAUAAGUUUUUCCUAUUGUCUUAUUUGAUUGGUCAGAAAAUACAUGUCAAGGGACAAAAUUCACAUCAACUGGUGUAUAUGUUGCGAUGCUAAGAUCACAUACUUGAACGCAGCCUCUGGAGACAAGAGACGUCAGCACAGGCGUACGUUACGAGUUUGCCUCGUACUCCUCUUCAUAAGACAACACAUUUUAAUCGAAACAUACGCCUGCGGCGUAGCGAUGCUUUUAUACAAUUCUCCAGUUGUUAUUAAAAAAGGAGCACACCAUUUAUACUAAACCUACUGUUAAGUUAUACAUAUCUAUUUCUCAGUUAAAAUCAUAAACCAUUAAAUACCCAGUUUCAUAAACACACACACAAAGGAAAAGAGGGACUUUGUUUCCAGAUACAUUAGCCACAUUUCAGACUUUAAAUGAAAUUUACAGUGGUUUUUAGUGAUUGCUUAGGGUAUUUAUAAUUUUCUAAAAUGUACAUUUACAAUUGUUUUUUAUUGUACUUUUAGAUCGAUUUUGAUGUCAUCAACGAUUUGACAGACACAGAGCUUCGGGAUUACCUUCCAGUUAAAGGAGACAUACUUGAGCUAUAAGCAUUCGUAUAUAAAAAGCUUACAGAGUCUGAAGGUCAGAAGAAGAAAAAAGUAUCCUUACGGGAAAACCUUAGAAAUAGGAUUAAGCUUUCCCAGUCUAAAUCAACCAGGACCGAAGGUGAAGACCAUACUGCUUCCCAUCACAAGCUCAAACUCACCAAAACCAAAACACAGGCGGAUAUUGCUUCGAAACAAGACAUUGCCCUUAUUGUUGGAUUUUCUACCGAACAGACAGCCGGCCACUACAAACAGGUGCGCUCGCCUUUGGGUGGUGGAAUAAGACACCUCCGCGUCAACAAACAUAUGGUUAAGUCAGAACUUAUUGCGCUCGCUGUUUUUUCAAGACGGAACAAAUAUUUAUGGUUCAAUAGACGAUAUUUUGAUUUUGAUAUCUCGACAGAUGUUCAUGGAACACAACUCAUGCAUGCAAGCGAAACUGUUGAUAUUAUCAUGAAGCGUUUAGGACUGAAGCAUUUCAGAUGCUAUUUGUUGGCGAAGAACUCAGAAAAAGAUGAAAGUUUGCCGCAACUGGUCUCCACGAAAAACAAUCGUUCAAGUAAAGGCAAUGAUCCUGAAAAAAGGACACUGAUAAUGAACAGCAAUACAAUGAAGAAUUACCUUCUGCCAGUGGCAUCCAGAUUCCUUUGGCAUCGCAUCUUAACAGCCCGCUUAACGGAUUAGAGGUUGUACACGAGGAAGAAGUGAGCACGACCUUAGUACCUGAGCCUGUGGUUAUUGACUUCCUUCCGGACUUGGAUUAUUUUGAUUCAAGGAGUGCAAAUGGGAUGGAGAGCACGAGCACAUCCGAUGGCCUGCUCGCAUUAGCUGCCGAAGAUUAGGAUAUUGUUCAGUUCGGCAGCCUGCCACCAGACGACACAAUACUGGACGCCACAUUGCCAUUGGGAGUACAAAAUAUCACUGUCCAUCGCGGGCUUGUCUGUCGUGAUUUGAUUGCUUUUUUUUCAGAGGAUCAUCCAGAUAAUGCCAAGUUUGAAAUACAAAUGCUGAAGGAAAAUGGAACGCCAGAAAUAGCCGAAGAUAAUGGCGGAGUUCUGCGUGACGCCCUUUCCGAAUUUUGGGAUACAUUCUACUUACAAUAUACAGAGGACAACUCAUACAAAGUCCCAGUAAUACGCCAUGAUAUGACUGAAAUUCAGUGGAGAGCAAUUGCAAAAGUAAUCAGAAUGGGAUAUGUUCAGGAAGGAAUGUUUCCAAUUAAACUUGCACCGUCCUUCAUGCAACAGGCUAUCUUUUCCCAAUGCAACGACUCUGAGGUUAUUGAUUCCUUUCUGAAAUUCGUGCCGAUGGUGGACAAAGUUGUGUUUGAGGCUUCCUUGAAGGACUUUCCAUCUGUAAGCGAAGAAAUUGUCGAUGUUUUGGAACAGUAUGAUGUAAAAACCUUGGUGAACGAACGCAACAUACAAAGAGUUGUGGGCAAAAUUGCACACAAUGAGUUAAUUCAAAAGCCAAUGUUUAUUGCAGAUUCAUUUAACAAGAUUCUCCAUAACACACAGCUUGUUGGAGAGGAGUUGGCAUCGAUAUAUUCAUCGCUACUUCCAAGUCCCAAGAAAGUGUUGCAGGUUUUGACCUUUCCGAAUGAUUUGAGCCAGGAUGAAAUUAAUUAAGUUCGUACUUGAGGAAAAUGGUUCGAGAAAUGGACGAUCCUCAGUACCUCGAGUUAUUUCUUAGGUUCUGCAUCUAAUCUAAUGAUGUUACCAAGAAUGUACGAUGUUCUUCGGUACACACCUGUGGAUGUGUCCUCGAGUUUCCCAGAAGCUACGCAGAAGAUCCUUUUGUGGCCCUGAAAGCAGAUUUUAUGGAGUUACUGAAAAACCGUUACUGGCAAAGGGACAUACCUUGAGACUGAGGUGUUGUAAUUACAGACCAUUGCAUGGAGAAAUUUCGAUUAAGAAAUUAUGUUUUUGACGUUGUGCACGAGCCUUUGAUACUGCAGGUAGCGGACAAAGGAUAUUCUCGUGUUAUUCAGUAAACUUUUAUAUAAUCUUUUACGUCACAGUUUAUGCUUCCGUUUUCAAAGAAUGAUUGUAGUGAUAGAAAUGAUUAAUGGUAUUCACACACGCGUCAAAUUGAUCGUGAAUGUAACGCAAACAUUAGGUUAUCAUGGUAAGGCGUUUGAUAUGAUCGUCUUGAAUGCUUGAAUAAAGUGUUUCAUGUAUUGCA